AUGACUUUUGACCCGACCGAGAAACCAUCCCACGGAACUCCCCUGCGCGAAACAGGCCAGGAAGAAAGCCGACACACGACAUCUCAUCACCCAGACGCUAGACCCGAGCACCCUCAGGGUCGAGGCGACGAGAAAACACCGUCAUGGAACGAGAACGAAAAGGCGCUUGAAUGCGGCGAGCAGGACGACGGUCAGGAUGACUGCGGCGCCACGGAGUGUUCGAAUCAGACGUCGGAGCGUCAGGAUCUUCGACGACCCGGUCUGGGAAGUAGACAGAACACGGCCCUGUCUUCAGUCGCCGCCGCCCCAUUCGCGCCGUACAAUCUGUGCGACAGCCUACCGCCGAUGGACCGUCAUGGAUCGGCGCGAUCUUCGGCACACCACCGACGCCCUUCGGAAGGGAGCGGUACGUCGACUUUGAGAGACGUCCCAAGUAACCUUGCAAACGCGAGUCGGCAGUCGACCGAUGCCUAUGGCAAUACAUACCCCGAAGGAGGGCGAGAGGCCUGGCUGUGCGUCUUUGGUUCGUUUUGCGGGUUGGUGGCUGCCCUUGGGGUGAUGAACACUCUCGGUACGUACCAGGCGUAUCUAUCGACGCAUCAACUCCGCGACUACUCGGAGAGCACGAUCGGGUGGAUCUUUGGCAUCUACGCCUUCCUGUCGUUCUUCUUCGGCAUCCAGAUCGGACCCAUCUUCGACGCCAAAGGUCCCCGCUACCUGGUGCUCGCGGGCUCGGUAUUGCUCGUGGCCGCCAUAUUGAUCCUCGGCGCGUGUCACGCGUACUGGCACUUCUUGAUCACGCUGGGCGUCAUGGGCGGCAUGGGCACUUCGCUCAUCUUCACCCCGGCGAUCGCGUCCGUGGGGCAUUUCUUCCUCCGGAAGCGUGGCCAGGCUACAGGGCUGGCUGCCGCGGGCGGCUCGUUGGGGGGUAUCAUCUUCCCGCUAAUGUUGCAGUCCCUCUUCCCGAAGAUCGGGUGGGCGUGGUCGACGCGCGUCGUCGCCCUCAUCGAUCUGGUCCUGCUCAUCUUUGCAAACCUGUUCAUCAAAGCGCGGCUGCCUCCUCGCAAGGCCACCAAAGAGAACAUUCUCCCGGACGUCCGCAUCUUCAGGGACCCCGUCUUCGCCUUGACCACGGUCGGCACCUUCUUCAUCGAGUGGGGCAUCUUCGUCCCGCUGACCUACCUCAGCAGCUACAUGUUGAGUUACGGGACGUCGACGGACUUCUCGUACCAGAUACUCGCCAUCCUGAACGUCGGGUCCUGCUUCGGCCGGUACUUUCCGGGCUUCGUGGCCGACAAGAUCGGCAGAUUCAAUUCGAUGAUCAUCACCAUCACCCUGUGCCUCGUCACGACGUUGGCGCUGUGGCUACCCGCCAACGGAUCCGUGCCGGUCGUCGUUGUGUAUGCCUUGCUCUUUGGCUUUGCGUCCGGGUCUGGCAUCUCCCUGACGCCCGUCUGUGUCGGCCAACUAUGCAAAGUGGAGAACUACGGACGGUAUUACGCAACCUGCUAUACAGUUGUGUCGUUUGGAUCGUUGACCGGUAUCCCCAUUGCGGGUCAGCUGGUGGCCAAGGCCCAUGGCAAAUACUGGGGUUUGAUCGUGUUUACCGGGUGCGCUUACACUGCGGCACUGGCGAUGUUUCUGGCCGCAAGGGUGAUGGGCGCAGGCUGGAAGGUCAAAAAGUCCUAUUGA